CCUUUCUCGAGCCCGUGGGCCAUCUGUGGCUCGCUCUUCCCUCACUCGGGCGUCUUCGCGCUUGCCUGGCCACCUGCCUGCCUGCCGGCCAUCUGAGCGGCGGGGGUCGCGGGGCGACGCCGGGCCGGCGGGCCGGGCCGCUGCGGCCCGCGAUGCGGCGCCUGGGCUCGGUGCAGAGCAAGGUGCCCUGCGUAUUUGUGACGGAGGUGAAAGACGAGCCGUCGGUCAAAAGGGAGCAUCAGCCAUUUAAAGUUUUGGCUACAGAAACUAUAAAUUAUAAAGCAUUGGAUGCAGAUAUAUACAAUGCCAUUCCCACUGAAAAAGUAGAUGGAACAUGUUGUUAUGUUACUACCUACAAAGGUCAGCCAUAUCUUUGGGCUCGAUUAGAUAGGAAACCAAAUAAGCAAGCAGAGAAAAGGUUUAAAAGAUUCCUGUAUUCAAAGGAAAACUCAAAAGAAUUUAUUUGGAAUGUUGAAGAGGAUUUCAAAUCUAUUCCAGAGUAUUGGAUUCCAGCAAAGGAUAUAGAACAGUUAAAUGGAAAUCCAGUACCUGAUGAAAAUGGGCAUAUACCGGGUUGGGUACCAGUAGAAAAAAAUAACAAACAGUAUUGCUGGCAUUCCUCUGUGGUCAGUUAUGAGUUUGAACUUGCACUAGUAUUGAAUCGCCAUGCUGAUGACCCUGGACUUUUGGAAAUCAGUGCAGUGCCAUUGUCUGAUCUCUUGGAACAAACACUGGAGCUUAUAGGAACAAACAUUAAUGGAAAUCCUUAUGGAUUAGGAAGCAAAAAGCAUCCAAUACAUUUUCUUGUACCACAUGGAGCAUUUCAAAUAAAAAACCAACCUACACUGAAGCAUGAAGACCUUUUGUCUUGGUUUGAAGGUUGUAGAGAAGGAAAAAUUGAAGGAAUAGUUUGGCAUUGCAAUGAUGGCUGUUUAAUCAAGGUUCAUCGUCAUCAUCUUGGUUUACGGUGGCCCAUUCCAGAAACUUACAUGAAUUCACGACCAGUUGUUAUUAAUAUGAACAUGAACAAAUUUGACUGUGCUUUUGAUUCCAAGAGUUUGUUUAAUCAUUUUUCAAAGUUAGAUAAUCAAAAAUUUGGCAGACUCAAAGAUAUAAAACUGGAUGUAGGUAUUUGAGGUGAAAAUGCAAUUGAAAACCAGCUUUUAUUAUCUUUAUUACUUUUGAAUAUUGAGUCUUUUGCCUGGUUGAAAAGUGAAAUAUCUCACACAUUAAAAUGUUAACUAUAUGCUAGUGUUAAUUAAAAGUUAAUUUAGGGGCAGACUUUUUUUUUUUUUUAAACUUUCUUUAAAGUAUAAAUCUUGAAGCCUGACAGUAAAACAUAAAACUUUCUUUCUUGAAGUAUAAAUCUUGAUGCUUGACAUAGUAAAACAUAAUUGGUGCAUAUUUGCAUGAAAGGUUUAUAAGGACAACAGUUUUAUAUUUUUUUUUCCUUCUUCAAACAAAGACUAUAUUAGACCAAAUAUUUUUGUAUCAUUUAUUUUCAAAGUUUCAUGAUCUUUUCUGUAGUAGCACAUUACUUUGGGAACCAAGUUAAAAAAACUAACAACCUCAUUUAAGAAGCAUUAUAGUAUUUAAAUUGCCUAUGUAUAUCCCCUUUUAGGGGUCAGCUCAACAUUUAAUGUAUUACAAGAACAUUAUGACAGCUUUGGAAACUCAAAAAAAUAAGGAUAUUUCAUAUAAAUACAUUGCUUUCAAUUACUAUUUACAACUUCUAUAAAAAAUAGUUCGCUAAGUUAUUAUGCUAUUUUUCAGCUUCCAGAUGUUCAAAAACAUUAGCAGCACUCUCCAAUUCAAUAUGGAACUGUUCACAAAGUUGUUUCAAUUUCUCUUCCAAGAUGAUAUUUUUUUUAACUUCUUCUUUAUAAUUGUACUUCAGGUCUUCAAUUUCUUCAAAAAAUGAGGGAUCCAAGUUCUUCAGUUCUUUUUUAAGCUUUUUGUUUUCUGCCUAAUAGGAACAAGUUACAUUAAAAUGUAGAGGAAUAAAAUAUAGGAACUAUUUAAGAUUUGAACUAAAUAAACUAAAGAUGAAAGGUAGAACAAAGUGGUAUAAUUUAUAAAUUGCUAAUGAUAUAAAAAGACAUUUGUGAAGGUAUACAUUUUUCCUCCAUAAGCUUUUCUCAAAUGCAAGUUUCUAACAAAAACCCAUGAAAUUUAUUAUCUACUGUAUAAAUUACGUUCCAAAUCUUACAUUUAAAAUUUAAAUAGUUAUCAAUUUAAGCAUUAAGACAAUUCAAAAUGGAAAAAAAAAUGUGGGGAUGCCCAUUACAACAUUCCAACUGCAAGGAAGAAUUAAGAAUUCACUUUAAAUGUUUUCUUUGCCCUCAAAUUAAAUAGCUAUCUUGGCUACUAAUACAAAUAACUUAUACAUGCAACAUAUACUUAGGUAGUACAAAAGAAGGUAAAAUAAGGUUAACUUCAUCUCAGUGGCUUUCCUAUGAAGAAUUUAGUUUUGGUCAUUUGCCAAUUAAUAUAAGAGUAUUAACCAAUAAACAUUUUCAUGACUGGAUAAAAAUAUUUCCUUAACAUUUUUCUUCAGAUCUUUUGUUUUUAUAAAUGUUCACUAUCAAAAUAAGGAUCAUGAAAAAAUAACAGCUGGCUUAACAUGAAUGUUAAGAGUAUCAAAUGUAAUUCUGAAAUUUUUUUUUUUAGAAAAAUUGACUAAAUUACCUUCAACUUUUCCUUUUCUGGAUCUAAAAUUGGAGAUGCCUGUGAAGGCUUUAUUUUUUCAAAAUCUGUUCAAAGAAAGGACAAUGUUAGGUACAAAAAAAUACAAUGCUGGGAUGCUAAUUUACAUGAUGUAACCAUUCAUUCUACUCAAACUUAAUAUAUAGAAUUUCAAAAGUGAUACAAUGGAAAAAUUUUUUUUACAGUGUCUUAGGCCUUCAACGUAACUUUCUGGCCACAUUUCAUCCUAUAUAGGUAUUAAAAGUGUGACUACUGGAUGCUCAUUAGAUGCAGAUAACCAUGGGAAGCCAAAUUUUGAGAAUUUUGUGUAUUCCUAGACACAGGGGAGAAAUUCUUAACAACUGAGGAAUAUAGUAGCAGUUUUGCUUUUUGUAAUAAUAUCUUAUGAUUUCAUUGUUCUAGGAACUUCACUGAGGAAACUACCUCAUAGUAGGGACUCAGUGGAAGUCCCAUUCAAGAUCUACAGCAUAAUUUCACCCCCCUUCCUCCCCAAUUCCUCUCUUCCCCUUCUUCCCCACCACCCAAUCCCUAACUCCUUGAAGAGAAAAGAAGGAUACCAGAGACACAUAGCUGUAUGGUGAUCAAAAAGCCUAAAGAGCCUUUUAUAAAAACCUAGCUCACAAAUUUAAGAAAACCAACAAGUUCAGGAAUGAUUUAGAUGUGAAAUAAAACUGAAAAUAAAUUAGGAAUAAGAGGUCAGGAACCAGAUGCUUUUGAUGCUGAAUUAAAAAAAAAAACAAAAAAAAAAACUUAGCAAAUCCUAG